GCCAUGUCCCGCCUGCUGCCGCCCGCCGCUGACUGGUGCUGUGAGGAGCUGCCCCAGGAGCCGUACCUGCUGGAUGCCAGUGACCCCAGAGCCUGGCUCUCCGCCUCCUCCCUGCAGCCGCCACACGACUACCUGCUGCCCCACAAGGUGCGGGACCUGUGCGCGCUGAAAGGGCUGCAGACCGAGGACGAGGACGAAGACGAGGAGGAGGACGGCGAGGAGCUGUGCAAGGCGCGCGCCCCCUCCGGCAAGGGCAAAGGGGUGCAGAAGCAGCGCCGCCUGGCAGCCAAUGCCCGGGAGAGGAGGCGGAUGCACGGCCUCAAUCAUGCCUUCGACCAGCUCCGGAAUGUCAUCCCCUCCUUCAACAAUGACAAGAAGUUGUCCAAGUACGAGACCCUGCAGAUGGCGCAGAUCUACAUCAACGCUCUGUCCGACCUGCUGGAGGUGCCGCCGGAGCACCCCCCGCCGUGCCCACCUUACCCGCUGGAGCCGCUCACCUUCCAGUCCUCGUCACCUGGAGCCAGGGAGUCGUCUGGCGACGAGAGCAAAACCUCAACGCGAUCCCACCGAAGUGACGGGGAGUUCUCCCCACACUCCCACUACAGCGACUCGGACGAGGCCAGCUAGAUGCCAUGAUAAUGCCACCACAUUGACUGGCACACGAUCAUACCAUGAUUUGCCCUGGUAAUAGAACUCUGCCAACCGCCAUGCCCAUUCUGCCAGUGCCCACGUCUUCCAGAACGGCGCCCGCCCGUGUAAAUAGCCGCCAUGCCCAUGUAAAUACUGGAGAAAUGCUAGUUUUAUACCAUAUAUAUGCCCGAAUUUCUAGAGCUUCUUGCACUUUAACAGCCAACCACGGCACAGAAAACACUAAGGUGGAGAAAAGGAAAUGCCAACCUGUACCACUGUCGCCACUCGUAUCGCCCCUGGCAAAGGUCCGGAGGAGGGGAACCUCUGCUGGUGUCAAACUUUUUA